UGCAGGAUUUGAGUAACAUCACUUUAGAUGAAAGUCAAGUGUGGUUAAUUGGCUCUGUCGUCCGCCAAGGUUCCAUGGCAAGCAAGGAAAUCGAUCCACGAUCCAGGUCUUCCAUGCUGAGCAAGAAGACCUCCUCCAGUGACUCUAUGAGGAGGCCAUUUGGUGUGGUGAUGCUUGAGGUGACCCAAAUCAUACAGAAGCAGAAGAAUUUAGCAUUGGAAACACAGGAUGGUUCGCUGGACCAGGACUACUUUGCUCCAUUCUUUCCAUGUGGUGAAAAAGAGACUCUUGAUCUAAAGAAAUUACUAACAUCGAGAAAUGAUUCUGUGCGUGACAACAAAACGGGGUACCAGGGAAUAUGGUUUUCAUUCCAGCUUAUUAAUGGAGAUAUCAAGCAGUUGCGUGAAGACAAUCCACACUAUGUAUCACUUCGGGAUGUUCCGGUGGCAUACCGUCUUGGGCUUUCAGACAUUAUUAUGCCUGGAGAUGUUAGAAAUGACCUCUACAUUACCCUGCUGUCCGGAGAGUUCUCUAGAGGGACCAAGACUAGUGACCGUAAUGUAGAAGUUACAGUCAGGGUGUGUGAUGAGAAGGGGAAAAUAAUUCCUGGUGUCAUGAAGCAAGGGUGUGGCAAGUCACCACUGGAUGAGUACAGAUCUGUCACCUACCAUCAUGAGGCUAAGCCCAAGUGGAUGGAGACCAUCAAGAUAGCUCUUCCAAUAGAAGAGUUUAAAAAGGCUCAUGUGAAAUUCAUUUUUAAGCACAGAUCCACAAAUGAUGUAAAGGACAAGAAUGAAAAGCCAUUUGCCAUGUCUUUCAUGAAGUUGAUGCAGGAUAAUGGGACAACAGUGCUGAAUACUGAACAUGAGUUGAUAAUUUAUAAGAUUGACAGCAAGAAGUGGCAAGAGGACGACUAUAGCUACCUGAGUCUACAGUGGCAACGUAUCAUUGGAGAGGAACUUGUGAAAACGUGGUUGUAUGGCAUGGCUCCUACCAACAAAGACAGCUUUACCAUUUCCACUACUUUCUGUUCAACCAAGCUGACCCAGAAUGCUGAACUUCUGGCUCUCCUGGAGUGGGGCUGGAGUGGGUCUACAGACACAACAACCCUGAGGCAAUGCCUUGAGGGCUUGCGUCGUGUGCCGUCAGAAGAAUUGAUGGUAUUUCUGCAGGACACACUUGAUGUCUUGCUGGAGAUUUUGAUGAAUAGCUCCACAGAUGAUGACAGUGAUAAUAAAGUCUUUGAAGCAUUGGUUUAUGUGAUAACGAUUGCCACGGACAAGAACAAGCACGAAGCCUUCCAACCUGUUCUUGAUUCAUACAUCCAACAGAAUUUCCAUGCCACCCUUGCUUACAACAAACUCAUCCAUGUCCUAAAGUUUUACGUAGAGCAAGGAAUGGACCUGCAGCGCCAAGAAACACUCAAAAAAGCCAUGAAAUGCCUACAGUACAUAUUCAAGUUUAUCAUUCGUUCCAGACAGCUGUUUGUCGAACUCUAUGGUCGUGGGCAAGAGGAGUUUGAAAAGAGCCUUCAACAGCUCUUGGAAGCCAUGGCCAAGAUGAUGAUUCACACAUUGGACAGCACCCUUACGGUCCAAGCUCACUGCCUCAAGUAUAUCACCACUACCAUUCCAGACAUCAUCACCAACUUUGAUCCUGUGCACAUGAGUCAAAUCCUAGUAACAAUGAUCGACAACCUGGACCCAAAAAGGAUUCCCAAGCAGAAGUUGAUGACCAUGAAUGAGAUAAUUCACAGUGAGCUCUUCAAGUACCCUGAGUGUCGGCGUGUGCUCCUGCCCUCCUUCAUUGGCCACAUCCGGAGACUGUUGGCGGCAAAUGAAGAGGUGACAGAUGGUGAAGUUAUCAUGCGCAAGGAGAAAAAAAAGGCCAAAUUGCAACAGAUGCUUGGUACUGACAACAAUGCUCCUUUCACUGAUGAUCGCAGCUUGAUGGAAGAGCUGGAGUUGUGUGUGAAGAUCCUAGGUGACAUCCUGGAUGUGUUGUUCUCUGCUGAUGUUGGGCCGACUCAGGAGGACAUCUCACUCCUCACCAACGAAAUGCUCAGUGACAUCCUCACCAUAGUCUACAAGAUGACCCAUGAUGACCCACUCAAUUGCAAGUUUGUGAGCGUGUUGGUAUCCCUCAUGCGUCAAAUGACCGAACGUCACUUUCUGAGCUUCCUGAACUGCUUCCAAAAUCAGGAUGAAUUAUACAACUUCCUUGUGGAACUCAUAAUGGUCAUCCAAGACCUGAUAAGCCAGCCAGUGUUCCCAUCAGACUGGGCAGAAAUGAUCUUACUGCAGAACAGUGUGAUAGUAAAGGUACUUCGCCAGUGUUCACGCGUUAUCUCUGAGAGAAUGCGUGAUCCAUUUAAGGAGAUUGUGUGGAAUAACUUCUUCACGUGUGCCAUCAAUUUCAUAACUCAGCCAUCACUACAGCUGGAGACAUUCACUCAGAGCAAAAGAAACAAGAUUCUGAGCAGGUACAGAGACAUGCGCAGAGAGACAGCCAUAGAGAUCAAGAGUUUAUGGUUCAGCUUAGGACAGCACAAAAUCCGCUUUGUGGCUUCAUCGGGUGGAGGUCAGUGCAUGGUGGGUCCUUUCCUUGAGAUGACUAUGAUCCCAGAUGUUGAGUUGCGAAAGGCCACCAUACCUAUAUUCUUUGACAUGAUGCAGUGUGAGUACUACUCCCAGCGUGACCAAGGGAAAAAUGGGCCUCCAGACAUGGCUCGCAACAAACAGAAGAUUAAAGGGAAAUUUACUGAGUUUGAGACCGAGAUGCUAGAAAAGCUGGAUCACCUUGUGGAAGGAGGCCAUGGAGACGAGCACUACCGUGAGGUCUUCAAGCACAUGGUGGGUGCUCUCUGCGAAGAACAUGCCACCAUGAGGGAACCAGGCCUGAAGCUGGUCAACACUGUCUCUAGGCUCAUGGAUCGGCUGCUGCAGUACCGAACCAUCAUGAACACCCCAGACAAUUCAGCCGAGACACGCAUGAGUUGCACAGUCAAUCUCUUGGACUUCUACUCUGAAAUAAAUCGGAAGGAGUUGUACCUUCGCUAUGUCUACAAGUUGUCAGAGCUUCACCUUGCCUGUGAUAAUUACACUGAAGCUGGCUACACACUACUUCAGCAUGCAAGCUUGCUUCGUUGGGCCCAUGAGGCACUGCAGACUUCACUGAGGUCACCCAUCCACCCUCAUCUUGGAUAUCAUGAUGACCUCAAAGAAAAACUGUAUAAUGAAGUUAUUAGCUUCUUUGACAAAGGAAAAAUGUGGGAAGAUGCCCUGAAACUUUGCAAGGAACUAAUGCAACAGUAUGAAGAAGUCACCAUGAACUACACCAAACUGUCAGAGCUCUUGACCCGAAUGGCUUCAUUUUACAAAAACAUCAUGAACCCCCAGAACCUGCGACCAGAACCAGAAUAUUUCAGAGUUGCUUAUUAUGGCAGAGGGUUCCCUGCUUUCUUGCAGAACAGGGUGUUUGUGUACCGUGGAAAUGGAUAUGAACGACUUGGAGAUUUUACAUCUAGAAUUUUGGAUCAAUUUCCAAAUGCAGAGUUAAUGAAAAAACUGACACCACCCAGUGAUGAAGUCAAGGAAUCCCCACAACAGUUCAUUCAGAUCAGUAAAGUUGACUGUGUAAUGCGAGAAGACAAAUAUUCCUCUCCCUCUGUCUCGGAACAAAUUCAGCGUUACUACCGCGCGAACCAUGUGAACAUCUUCACCUACUCCAGGCCCUUCCACCGAGGACAGAAAGAUCCAAGCAAUGAGUUUGCAACUCUCUGCAUUGAAAAAACAACUUUAGUUACAUCGUAUUCUUUACCAGGAAUUUUGAGGUGUUUCCCGGUCAUCAGAACAAAGUUCAUUGAGCUUUCUCCUCUUGAAAAUGCAAUCGAGACCAUGAACAACGUUAAUGCAGAUGUCCGUGAUCUUGUUAAGAAGUAUUCUCGUGAUCACACCUUGCCUCUUGAUCCCCUGACCAGAAAAAUCUCAGGAAUGGUUGAUCCUGCUGUGAUGGGUGGCAUUACAAACUAUGAAAAGGCUUUCUUGUGCGAUGAGUACAGGCAAAGUCACCCACAAGAUGCAGAGAAAUUGGAAGAUUUGCAACAGUUGAUAGCUGCACAGAUACCUUUACUUCAAGCUGCUCUGCACUAUCAUGGACUCCGUGUCACAGAGCCAAUUGCAGCCCUCCACGACCACAUGAUUGCAUCUUUCUGUAAAAUGAAGCAACAAGUUCAUGAGAAAUAUGGAGUUGCCGUGUUGCCGCCAGAACUGGGCAUUGAGGAACACUCCCUGAGACUGCAGACACAGCUGAGUGUGAACAGUGAUCACUCAGCUCGUUCUUCACACCACUACAGCGGCCAUGAUAGUAUAGACGUGGAUGCUGUCGAGCUCAGGACCCCUAAGGAGGAAUCUCGCCCAGAAGGUCUUCGGCAGAGCCUCACCCGUGGCCUGCAUGUUUUUUCAGGCCGUUCCUCUGAAAUUAUGGCUAUGAGCUUGUCAUCAUCGCAACUUUCGCUGGCUCGCCUCAGCCUGAGCCCAGGCAAGGUUGGGGGGACGCUUCCUCGCCAUCACAAGGUCUCCAUGCCCAACCUUGGAAGUUACAAUGGGGGAUCUUCCAAGAAUGUGAAGAAAGAAAAGAGCUUCAGAACUCUGCUGCGGCGUGAGAGUUUUACUUCACAGCGUGAGCCAUCGUCGCAGUGGUUUGACAGGCCUGAGUCCCAGGUGUUGCCGCCUCAACCUAUUAUAGAGCUGAGUGAGCAGGUAACCACCCCACUAGCACCUGAGAGACCUCUGCGGACGGACAUUGAGAGAGAAAGGCGCAUGUCCAGACCUCGCUCCCUGACCAUGACCCCUUCUGUGUCAGCAACGCCGUCACCUUCACUCGGGUCCAGAGAGAGCUUGAUGAGUACUCCAACUGGAUCUAUUUAUGAAGAAGAGUCUCCUCCUCCACUUCCUGUCAAAAUGCGUGACCAAGAUAGUGAUAGUACAUCUGUCAGAUUGAGCACCAUGUCCCUCAAACCAAGUGCAACCCCAGGAUCUCCCGAAGUCUCCCCAGAACCCCCCAAGAAACCACCAAGACCUGAUAAGAAUCACAAUCAUGAGGAUUCCUCCAUGAUCUAAGUAAAACUGAAAAUGUUGAAAGAAAGUUGUUAUUAACUUUAUACUGAGUGCUUGUUACAUGUGUGUCUGAGAUACGGAGGGACUUCUAAUGCAGAGUGUGAAGUAUAUGAAAGAGAAGGCAUGUUGAAAAGGAGUUUACAUUCUGAAUUGUUGAUUAUACCUUGAUAAAACAGAUGUAAUGAUAAUGGUAAUUGAAUAGUGUGAUAAUGGAGUGAAUAACACUGCCAUCUUUUUAUAUUUUUGUCAAGUCUUAAAAGCUUGUGAUGUGAAGUUAUUAUAAUGCUUAAAUCAUGGUGCAAUGUGUGCCUAGAUCUAGAACCAGUAUGCACUAGGCCACAUAUUUUUGUGUGUAUACUUGUCUAAAUGCUUAGGGAACCAAGUAUGUUGCCUUUUGCUUCUUUUUCUUCUUCAUAUAUAUAUUUUCAUCUAUUUCAAGGGUUUAUAAUUUAUGCUUAACUCAAAAGCUCAUCAGUAUCCACAUCAGAGCCCAGUGCUGAUAUACAUUAGUCUUUUAAAAGGUAUUACCUUGCUUUAUUUAUUCAGUUUUCUCCUUGCUUUAAGUAACAUUUUAGACAUCUUGUGGACCACAGAUGAGUGUGGCACCUUCCCGCUUUUGUCACUAUCAGUGUAAUCAUGUGAGCAGUAUUUCAUUCUAUUUUUUGUUUCAUGAUUAGAUGUUCUGAAUGAUUUAUAUUAUAUUUUUGUUAAUAAUAAGUAUUAUAUUAUUGUGCUUGAGAUAGAUAACACUUCCAUGAAAUGGCUGUAAAAAUGGUGACUAUUGUAUUUCUUUUCAUAUAUAUGGUGUGGCUUUGCCUUGUAAAAUGCUCAGAAUAUGUGAAUAAAGAUCUAAAAUGGUAAGUAAGGUAAUGAUUAACUUUGGUACUAAAGUUUUUUUUGUUAUACCAAUUCUUAAUUUUUUAGGUGUAUCCAGUGUCCUAUUUAUUCACUAGUAAUGAACAUUUUGUAAAUUAUUUCAACAAAUUUCAAACAUCAAAAACAUCUUUUGUUUGUUGUGUAAAGUCUUCAAGAGGCUUAUGAUUACAAUAUGUUUAUUCAUAUUUGAUUUGCCAUAAAAAAUAGUUUCGAAAGUAUUAAGAAAGAUAAGAUGUUUAACAGAUUUUAGAUUGAAGUCAUGCUAUAUGGUUGUCUGUCUAAAUUAUUAUUUGCAAAUGUUUUCUUCUCAUCUCUUGUUUCAUAUAUAUUCUUUCUUUGCUAUCAGCACUUUUAUUUCAUACAUAUCUUUUUCUUUGGUUAUUUUAAGCACUCCUGAUUUGAAUUGCUUAUGCCCAAGGAUUCCUAAAGUGCAUUUAAGUAGCUUUAUAUAUGUCUAAAUUAGGUGUAUGUUUUGUUUUCUUGUCUUAUAUGUUCUGGUGAUUAUUGCUUUGUGCUUUUCCUUAAAGAAUAAUAUAAGAUUGUGAUUUUGUGCGAAGGGUCAUUGAAGACAUUGAUAUUUUUAUAUGCGAAUCCUUCACAUGCUUUAGUGUAAGUUAAGGAGCCUUGUAAUGUAUAGUUAGUGAGAAUGCAUGUGUGUGCCUAUGGGUGUGUAAUUUGGCUUCAUUUGCAGUGUCAUUUGAUAAAAUGGUGUUAAUUUUGAAAGGUAUGGCUAUGAUGCAGCAAGAUAAUCAUUCCUAAUAUGGCUGUCUUAUGGUGAAAUGUGUGGGACCAAUUUAAGCAAGAUUUGCUGAGACCCCCCCCCCCUAUUUUUUUAUACUGAUAACUAUUAUUAGUGAGGGAAUGAGUGAAUGAAUGCACAUCCACAAUGACACACAUGCACACAGAACUUGCCAUUUUGUGUGCCCUUGUGUUUGUGUGAAUGUGCAUGUGGAUUAGAAAGAAGUCUUGCAGUAAAGUGAUGUACUUUCAGAUGAUUCCAUUAUACUUGUCAUUGAUAUUACAAGGAAAAGGAAGAUCAAGUAUCAACAUGGAGUGCAGUUAAGAUAAAUUUUCCAAGGGUUUUAUUAUAAAUUUUCAUAUUGCCAAAACUAUGAGAAGCAAUGGAUGUGAGGGAUUUUCCUGUUGAUAUUUUAUCAAAUUAUUGAAUUAACAUGAGUCAUAGUAAAGUUCAGCUCAUAGUACAAUGAUGAUUAAAAUUUUGUACAACUGAUUUGUAAAGUAUUUGAAAAACCUGGUAGUGUAUAUAUUAGAGAUGGUCAUGUAUCCAAAGGCAAAUAUGAUUGAGAAACACAUGAAUUAUUGAUAUAGCAGGCUAAAAUAAUGUUUUAUCAGAUGUCAUUGCAUGUUCACAAGAGGCAGAGAUUAAACAUUUAUUGCUUCAUUAUUUUUAAUAGUUUUGUACACAGUGUAACGUAAUUACAAUUUUUUUUUGUCACAAAAUGCUGAUCAGUCUUGCAUUUAGCUGUCCUUUGUUCCAAGAAGUUGAUCAGCAGCAUUUCUUUUUGUAGGAAGUACAAAAGCUAUGAAGCUGCACAAAUUAGAAGUGCCAUAUGGUAUUUUAUAAGGAGAAUGGAGGGUUGGUAUUUUUAUAUGGUGCUCUUUUGACCAAAGUAAUACUGCAUGUUCGGUUGGAAGAACUAAGACAAGGGUUAGUUAUGAUGAUAGUUGUAAGUUAUCAUCCCCUUUCACGGUGUGAGAUGCCUGCCAACACACUUGCAAUGUGCACACAAUGAAGAUAAAUUGUAUACCUAUUUUUAUGAUUUAUGUACUGUAUAUACACAUGGCAUACAUUGUUAUAUUUGUUUGUUAACAUAUAUGCAUUGUCUUGUGGGUGCAAAAGAAGCAUUUGAGUGACUGAGGGGUUCUAUAAAAUUCUGUUUCAUUCUGAUGAGAGAGAGAGCCAGACAUAUUAAUAAACAACCAAGCGCAUGCACGUGCGCGCGCACACGUACACACACACACACACACACACACACACACACACACACACACACACACACACACACACACACACACACACACACACACACACACACACACACACA